UGAGGGUAUAUAUACGAUUUAGCUGCGGUUAUUUUACAUAAUUGUGCUUAUUGCAGUAAGGAAACAAAAUGAAAACUUUCGUACUUUGUGCUUGCGUCUUCGUUCUUGCUGUAUACUUUCAGUCGUCUAGUUCAUCAGAACUAAAUGAACAAGAACUCAGAAAGAUAGGAAUAUCUAUUCGGAAUGAUUUUAACACUUGCCUCAGUGAAAUUGGUAUAACUCCUGCUGACUUUGUCAAACCGAUGGAAAUAGUUACUAACGUACAUCUGCAACCUGCAAAUGAAGAAAGAACAAACAAACAUGGCUGCUUUAUAGCGUGUGUUUUAAAGAAACAGAAUUUGAUUGAAGGAACAAAGAUUAAAGAAGAGCAAGUUUAUGAAAGAUUACAAUUAAUAUUUGACGAAAAUCCUGGCGGACCAAUGCACCAAAUUGUACAAAAAUGCAUGGAAAAAGUGAGGAAUGACGCACAAGAAUGUGAGAAAUGCUUCUCUGUCUAUGUUUGUACCAUCAAAGAUAUGUAUGAAGAAGAACAACGCAGAAAAAAUGAAAGAAACUAAAGAAAUAAAAACAGAAUGAGCUACUUACAAGAAAAAAAGUAGAAGAAAAAGUUGUAGAAGCAGAACAUGAUGAUGAAAUGUAAUUUAAUAUAAAAAUUGGAUAUUGUAAUUAUUAAUGUAAAUUUAUAAUACAAUAACUUUUCGUGUAUUUUCUUAUACUUUACUUUUUAUUUCAUUUAUUUAAUAAAAGCGUGCAGCAAAUGUAAAAAUUGUGUUUUGAUUACUUGCACUUGCUUAUAAGUGAAUAAAAUGAAAACAUACAUGAAAAAAUA